AUGUCUAACCUGACGGACCAGAUACAGAUAGGCCAUGCUCUGACCACAACAGGUAUAGUGACAACCCUGACAGACCAAACACACAGGCCAAGCCCUGGCCACAACAGAAACAGAGGCCAAGCCCUGAGCACAACAGGUAUAGUGACAGCCCUGAAGGACCAGGCACAGAUAGGCCAAGCCUUCACCACAACAGGUAUAUUAGCAACCCUGACGGACCAGACACAGAUAGGCCAAGCCCUGACCACAACAGGUAUAGUGACAGCCCUGACGGACCAGACACAGAUAGGCAAAGCCUUCACCACACCAGGUAUAUUAGCAACUCUGACGGACCAGACACAGAUAGGCCAAGCUCUGACCACAACAUGUAUAGUGACAGCCCUGACGGACCAGACACAGAUAGGCAAAGCCUUUACCACAACAGGUAUAUUAGCAGCCGUGACGGACCAGACACAGAUAGGCCAAGCUCUGACCACAACAGGUAUAGUGACAGUUCUGACGGACCAGACACAUACUGUCCAAGCUGUGAGCAAGACAGGUAUACUGGCAACCCUGACGGACCGGACACAGAUAGGCCAAGCUCCGGCAAUAACAGUUAUAGUGGCAACCCUGAAGGACCAGACACAGAUAGGCCAAGCCCUGAGCAAGACAGGUAUAGUGGCAACCCUGACGGACCAGACACAGAUUGGCCAACCUCCGAGCAAGACAGGUAUAGUGUCAACCCUGAGGGACCAGUCACAGAUAGGUCAAGGUCUGACAACAACAGGUAUAGUGAUAUCUGUAAAACAGUCACAGACUACAACAGGUUUAGUGGCAGCCCUGACUAAAGCAGACACAGACAGAGCUCUGGCCACAGCAGGUAUUGUGAUAUGUGUAACAACUGUGAUCGAUCAGACACGGAGAGAGAGCUCUGAUUACAGCAGAUAUUGUGAUAUCGGUAACAACUUUGACCGACCAGACACGGAGAGAGCUCUGACCACAGCAGGUAUUGUGAUAUCUGUAACAACUGUGAUCGAUCAGACACAGAGAGAGAGCUCUGACCACAGCAGGUAUUGUGAUAUCGGUAACAACUUUGACCGACCAGACAGACAGCGCUCUGACCACAGCUGGGUACCAUUCCCUGGCCCCACAAUAGCCCUGUCCAAAACAGCUCUGGCACUGUGUCCUGAAUCCACAAUAGCCCUGUCCACAACAGCUCUGGUACCGUUUCCUGGCUCCACAAUAGUCCUGUCCACAACAGCUCUAGUACCGUGUCCUGAAUCCACAAUAGCCCUGUCCGAAACAGCUCUGGUGCCAUUUCCUGACUCCGCAAUAGCCCUAUCCAAAACAGCACUGGUGCCGUUUCCUGAAUCCACAAUAGCCCUGUCCACAACAGCUCUAGUACCGUGUCCUGAAUCCACAAUAGCCCUGUCCAAAACAGCACUGGUGCCGUUUCCUGACUCCACAAUAGCCCUGUCCGAAACAGCACUGAUGUCGUUUCCUGACUCCACAAUAGCCCUGUCCACAACAGCUCUAGUACCGUGUCCUGACUCCACAAUAGCCCUGUCCACAACAGCCCUGGUACCGUUUCCUGGCUCCGCAAUAGCCCUAUCCAAAACAGCUCUAGUACCGUGUCCUGAAUCCACAAUAUCCCUGUCCAAAACAGCACUGGUUCCGUUUCCUGACUACACAAUAGCCCUGUCCGAAACAGCUCUGGUGCCAUUUCCUGACUCCGCAAUAGCCCUAUCCAAAACAGCACUGGUGCCGUUUCCUGAAUCCACAAUAGCCCUGUCAAAAACUGCUCUGAUACUGUGUCCUGAAUCCACAAUAGCCCUGUCCACAACAGCUCUAGUACCGUGUCCUGAAUCCACAAUAGCCCUGUCCGAAACAGCACUGGUGUCGUUUCCUGACUCCACAAUAGCCCUGUCCAAAACAGCUCUAGUACCGUGUCCUGAAUCCACAAUAGCCACGUUUCCCAGCCUUACAAACCUUGUCUAA